UUUGUUAUUGUUUUUCAGAACAGUACGGUAAAGGGAUAUGAAGCUUAUACUCACACAACUCAGAUUCAUGGCUACUUCACUACAAGAUGUAGUCUUUUUUUACCUUACACUGAACUAGAAAGUGGGUUGUAUCUAAUUAACGUAACAAUGCAUCCAAACAUAACAGAAAAUAUCUUAAUUCUCAAUCACCAUUUUUUAUUUUGGUCUUUAGAAUACAAGCUAGAUAAACCUCAACUCAUGCUAGAAAACUGUAGUCAAAAAGCAAUAGAAGGUCAAAUGAUCAUUUGUAAAUGUAAAGGAAAUGUAAACAUUUUUGACAGAGAAUCGUUCCAAUGGUACAGCAGUUCCUACGAGCUUUUUGCGUACGGAUCUUACAUUGUAGUAUAUGCUUUUGGAGAAACGAAAGAGUAUAUCUGUCAAGCAUAUGAUAUCAAAUACAAAAAACUUUUUAAAAUAUCAUACAUUUUGAAAAUCAAUUCAAAUCCAGCUUUAUUGUUAAAAUCAUUGACAUCACAAACGUCGGAAAUGUUUAUUUUGGCAAUUCAAAUCCAGCUUUAA